UUGCCGAUCCGCGCUACGAAUUCCAAAGCGGCUUCUCCCUCCGUUCUGUUUCCCGCCACAGGCUAUUUUUUGUUGUUGUUUAGCGAUUUGUUUGUUGUUGUUUGUGGAUUUGUUGUUGUUGUUGUUUGUCGAUUUUGUUGUUGUUGUGUGGCGAUUAUCGCUGCGGAAGACGACGUCUGAGCACCAUGGGCACCGGUGCCGAUGUGCGUGACAUCUUGGAGCUUUCGGCGGACGGGGAGAUGGUGGCACCCAUCAGCAAACGCGACCUCCUGCUGCAGACCGACAAGAAAAAGUCAAAGAAGCUGGCAGAGACUCCGACGUUCAAGCGUCCGGAGGGGAUGCACCGAGAGGUCUACGCCCUGCUCUACUCGGACAACAAGGACGCCCCGCCGGUGCUGCCCAGCGACUCGUCCCAGGGCUACCGCACGGUGAAGGCGCGCCUCGGGUGCCGCGUGGUGCGGGCGUGGCGCUGGACCCCCUUCACCCACCCGGCGCGCACCGACGGCGCCGUCUUCCACCACUGGCGGCGCGCCACCGACCAGCCCAGCGAGUAUCCCUUCGCUCGCUUCAACAAGAGCGUGCAGGUGCCCGUGUUCACGGAGCAGGAGUACGCGUCGCACCUGCAGCACGACGACUGGAGCCGCGCCGAGACUGACCACCUGCUCGACCUCUGCCAGCGGUUCGACCUGCGCUGGGUGGUCAUGCACGACCGCUACGACUGCAACACCUACAAGCGACGCUCCGUGGAGGACCUGAAGGAGCGCUACUACUCCAUGACGUCGCGUCUCCUCCGUGCCCGCGCCCCGCCCGGCACGGAGCCGCGUGCCGUCCCCGCCUUCGACGCCGAACACGAGCGGCGGCGCAAGCAGCAGCUGGAGCGUCUCUUCAGCCGCACGCCGGAGCAGCUGGCGGAAGAGGAGACGCUGGUGUCGGAGCUGCGUCGCAUCGAGUCUCGCAAGAAGGAGCGCGAGCGCGCCACGCAGGACCUGCACAAGCUGAUGGGCGCGGCGACCAGCGCCACGGACCACCGCGCGCACGAGCGCAAGGCCAGCAAGAAGAAGGCGACGCACCGGCGGGGAGACUCGGGGGACCGGGCGGCUGUACUGGAGACAGCCGGGAUCAAGUUCCCGGAUGCCAAGUCAGCCGGGGUGAUGCUGCGCAGUCAGAGGAUGAAGUUGCCAAGCUCCGUUGGCCAGAAGAAAGUGAAAGCGAUCGAGCAGAUCCUCACCGAGCUGGGCAUCGACCUGAGCCCGAUGCCCACGGAGGAGGUGGUGCUGCUGUACAACGAGCUGCGCUCCGACCUGGUGCUGCUCUACGAGCUGAAGCAGGCGCUGGGCACCUGCGAGUACGAGCGGCACACGCUCACGCACCGCUACCACAACCUGCGCGCCAUCGCGGGGGGCUCCGAGCCGCCGACGACGGCACCGGCGCCGCCGGGGGGUCGGAGGGGGCGUGCCGGCGCGGCGUCUGCCGGCGCCGCCCCCAUCCUCCUCCUCCGCGUCGACCGGCGCGACCCGUGA